CAUAAAUGCGCGCUGAAAUACAACAUAACCUCAAAAAAACUGUCUCCGGGAGAAAAAUAAUUUCGUAAAUUCAGGAAAAUCAAGGAAUUCAGAGGAAGAAGUCAUGUCCACAAUAGACAAACUUCUCAUCCACGGGAUUCGCUCAUUUGGAGCCCAAACCGGUGAUCAGCAAGAGAUUCAAUUCUCUUCGCCCUUGACACUCAUAGUGGGGGUGAAUGGAAGUGGAAAGACCACGAUUAUCGAGUGUCUUAAGUAUGCUCUGACGGGGGAGGUGCCCCCGGGCUCGGACAGAGGGGCUGGCUUUGUGCAUGACCCAAAGAUUCAUCAAUUCAAAGAAUGUAUGGGCCAGGUGAAGCUUCAGGUGUGUGAUAUGAAGGGAAAUAAACACGUUGUUACGCGCUCCAUGAAGUCAACGCAGAAGACAACAAAAAACUCCACCAAGACUACAUUUGAGACGAUGGAUGCAAAUGUUUACUGUCCGGAUGCGGGACCUUCCAAAGGGUCCGUCAGCAAGCGUCUUGUGGAUGUUAACACCGAGAUGAGUGAUAUCAUGGGCGUCUCACGUGCCAUCAUCAAUAAUGUGAUCUUCUGCCAUCAGGAAGAUUCCAGUUGGCCAUUGGAUGAGCAGAAGCGCGUCAAGGAGAAAUUUGAUGCAAUCUUCGGCACAACACAGUACAAUAGAGUCAUUGAUAAGCUCAUAAAGAUGCGCAAGGGCUACUCUGAGAAGGUCACCGUGAAGAAUGGGGAUCUUCGUCUCCUUGAGAGCCACAAGCAAGAUGCUGAGGCGAAGAAUGUUGAGAUGGAGCGCCUUCGGAUGCGCGAAACGAAGCUCCGGGAGAAUCUUGAGAAGUUUGCGAAUGAUCAGAAGCCCCUGGAUGAGCGCUUGGGGAAGAUUCUCACAAUUGAGGCGGAAUACAGUAAGCUCUAUGGGAAAUUCGUUGAGUUGCAGGCGGAGCUGAAGAACAAGCGUGAACGCCAGGAGAGCCUCCGGAAGAAUAUUGUCAAUGUAUUCGAGGGAAGUCUUGAGAUGUUGGAAAUUGAGAUUGUUGGCUUCGAUCGACGAAUGCUUGUUAAGAAGGAUGAAUUGAGGACACUUGAAUCUCGUGUGGCUUCCUUGCGGGGAGAAGAGCUAUCCCUCGUGAAUGACGUGCAGCAGAUUGAGAUAAGUAGCCACCUUAUUGUGGAGAAGAUAACGCAGGAGCAGAACUUGAAUGCAGACAGAGCCCGGAAUGCCCGGAAAUUGGCGGAAAUGCUGAAAAUCCCCAUGCCGCAAGAUUUAGAGAAUUCCAAUGAAGCUGUCGAGGAGAUUAUCCCCAAAAUUGAUGAUGAGAUUCAUGCAAAAGGUGUUGCUGUUGAGGAGAUGCACACAAAGCAUGAGAAAGCCGAAGAGGCAGCCCAGAAGGUCAUUGAUGAUUUGAGGAAUUCAAUCACGAAGGUGGAGAGUGAGAUUGAGAGCAAGGGUAGACAAAUGAGGGAGAAGAAGGUGGAACAGGAGAAGAUUCAGCGGGAAAUUGAUGAUGUUGAGCUUUCUCAGGCAACGCUGAAAGAUCUCGGGGUAGAUAUUGAGAGAGUAACGCGUGAUUUGGAGCAACUACGGGGGAAAGUUAAUGAGGAGGAUGCAAAGAGGGAGAUUGAUGAGCUCAGAGAGAGUAUCAAGGGGAAACAGAAGACAUUCGAUAAGCUCGAUGAGGAAAUUCAUUUUCUCAGCACAAUUGCCUCCACUACAGCUGCAAUUGUGGCCAAGGAGCGGCAACUGGAAGAGCGACAGACCGAAGCAAAACGCAUCCGGAAUAAGCAUGCUGAUACCCUGAAGGAUUUCUUCCCUGCGGGUAUUGCAGCAAACUACCGACGAAGUGUUUUGGGGGUGCAGGAGGAAGUACAGCGAGAGCUGCAGGAGGUGCGUGAGAAGAUUAUGCGCCACCAAAAGCAAUUGGCACAGCUUGAGGCUACCCGGAAGGGGCAGAAAGAUGAAGUGAAACGACUUCAGGUUGAGCUGACAACGAGUGAGGAGGAGAUGUACAAACUCUGCCUAUCCAGCCCCUAUGAGGAAGUUGUUGAGCGUCUCCGGGAGCAAAUUGCAAAGAGUCAACUCACCCAUGGGAGUCUCAAGUCCUCCGAGAGCUUCUACAGGAUGUACAUUGAGAAGAUGAAUGAAACCCCGUGCUGUCCGCUUUGCCACAAAGAUCUCCGUGUGGAUGAAGUUGAGAAUUUGAGUUCUGAGCUCACUGAUGAGAUUCGUGAGAUCCCAAAGAAGGCCGAAAAGACAGAUGAGCAACUGAAGCAGCUUCGGAUGAAAUAUGACGCCCUAAUGGCCCUAAAACCAAUCACUGAGAAAGUGAAGCGCCUCAAGGAAGACAUCCCGAAGCGCGAGGAAGCUCUCCGGGGCACUGAGAGGGAAUUAAGUGAGAUGACAAGCCUCGUUGAGGAUUUGGAGAUGUCCCUUGCGGAACCAGAGGGGAAAUUGAAGGUUGCCAGUGGCCUAAUUGGUGAUAUGAGUGUGCUGGAUGAGGUUUUGCGUCUCAUUGGACGUCUUGAGUCGGAUUUGGUGGAAGUCCGGGAGAAACUCCCAUCGCGCUCGUCCAAAUGGACAAUGGAUGAGGCUCAGGUGGAAAAAUCAACUCUCUCAGUUGAGCUGAAGGAAGUUCGUGAGAUGCUGGAGGUGAAGGAGGCAGCCCUGGGAGAGCACAGGGAGAAAAUUAAUUCACUCCGUGAGAGGAAGAAUCACCUUGAGGGGAGACAAAUUGACCUGCAGAAGGGCCUUCAGGCACUGUCGCAGCUUCGGACGCGCAUUGAGGAGUUGAAGGGACAAGUGGAGCAACUUGAGAAGGAAAUUGGUGAUGCGAAGUGUGAAUUGGUACCCCUCAAACGGGAUCUUUCUGCACAAACUGAUGCUCGUGUCCGCCUUAAGGGGAAGAAUCGUGAACUCCUCACCAAGGAGCGUGAGAUUCUGGAUAAAAUCAAACGCAUCAAGAGUGAGGUUGUUACGCAAUCGCGUGAAUUGAGGGAGGUGAAACGACAGAAUUUACAGGGACAACUGGAGAAGCUUCAACGUGGGAAGAGUAGUUCGGAGAAGAUGCUCAAUAGCAUCCGGAAGGAUCUUCAGGGGCUACAGAAGGAAGUUGAUGAUGCAAAGGAUGCCAUAGCGAAGCAAGAUGUGGAAAGGAGGCAAUUGCUGGAUAAUCGUGAACUGAAGCAGCAUCAGUGUGACGAAGAGGAGUUGCAGAAGCGCUAUGAUGAGCUAAAUUCAAGCAUCGGUGGGCUGAACAUAAAGAAUCUCAUGCGUGAGAAGAAGGACCUUCUGGGGGAGGUGGAUAAAAUUCGGCAGGAGAGUAGCAAGUACACAGGGCAAAAGGCGGAGCUUGAGAGUCAGAUUGAGAAAUUGGGUGAGGAGCUACGUGAGGAGAGGUACAGGGAUGCUGUGAAAAAUCACCGGAAUGCCGUGUAUGAAGUUCACGUGCUUAAGAAGGUGGUGGAUGAUCUCAAUCAGUACAGGAUGGCGCUGGAAUGGGCUCUCCUGAAGUACCACGCCGAGAAGAUGGUGCGUGUGAAUCAGCUAAUCAAGGAUCUCUGGUUGGACAUCUACUGUGGCCGGGAUAUUGACUACAUUCAAAUCCGUACGGAUGAAUCGGGACUCACGGGAACUGAUCGACGACGCUCCUACAACUAUCGCGUCGUCCAGAUAAAGAAUAACGUGGAAAUUGACAUGAGGGGACGUUGCAGUGCUGGCCAACGAGUUCUUGCCUCCCUCAUCAUUCGCAUUGCCCUCGCGGAAACAUUCAGUCACAAUUGCAACGUACUCGCCCUGGAUGAGCCAACAACAAAUCUCGAUUAUGCCAAUGUUGAAUCUCUCGGUGAGGCUCUUGGGCGCCUUGUGGAGAAGCGGGAAUCCCAGAUGAAUUUCAUGUUGAUCAUCAUUACGCACGAUGAAACAUUCCUCCAUGCUCUCCGGAAUUUUGAUUACUACUACCGCGUGAAGCAGGAAAAGGGCAAGUCCGUCAUCGUUAAGCACCGUCGCGGGGAUUAGGAGGGGGUGAGCGGAUUUUUAAAUUAAUUUUUUGAGAAAGAAAAAUACUUUAUUCACAAUUUGAGAAAAUACAUACAUCCGCAUUAUUUACAAUAUAAUGGCAUUAAAUAAAUAAAAAUGGAGUGCUUAAAGCUAGGGGGAGUAGUUUAGGCAAUCUUCAUUACAAUUUACCAUCAA